AUGGUUCUGCUUAACAGAAAGAAAAUACAACGUCAUGAAAUAAAUCGGUCUGCUGAUUCCACCUGUGAAGCUGCAAAGGUAAUAAAAGAAACCGGAGAACAUCUAAUUGAUUAUGAUAGUUACUCGGAAAGACUAGAAUUUUAUAGAAGGAAUAUUUUCACUUGUGAGAUUAGUGGAAGAGAUGCUCUCUCGUAUUUCAAGGCGUUAAAAAGCGAAGAACAGCACCGCAAAAAGGUCAAUUCUCUCUUGCCAAAAGAACUAAGGAAGGCCAUAGCAAACUUUGCAAAUUUCAACCCGACAAGGAAGGUUGAAUAUCUCGUGGACAACACAUUCCAGCGUUUUAGUAACCGUUUCUUUAUAGGCGACACGGUGUGCUUGAAAAGCAUGCAAAAGAAAGAAUUAUUUACUUAUAAACAGAAAGAAUCUAACUUGCUAGGACCUUCAAGCGUUGAACCCAAUGACACAUUGUUCUUCGUCAAGGAUGUAUUUCAGUAUAACGAGAUGACGAAUAGCGAAGUGGAAGAAACAUCUGCCCCAAGAUUGUCACUAUAUUUAAUCACAGAACGCCUGAACCAAAAACCUAAAGGUAUAGCCCUAAUUGUAAGCCAAAACGAAAUUAAAAGGCCAGAAUCGCACUUCUCGAAAUUCAUAAUUGCAUGUUUUCUUAAUGAAAUACUCAUAAAAGUAUCAAAUAAGGAACACGCACCAUGGAGGGUGAAACAAGAACAUAUAGAAAAAUAUAACGUUAACCCUAAAUGCCCUGCUAAAAUGGUCAAGUAUUUACCAGCUGAAAUGGGCUCAUUUUCUUCCAAUCUAUACACACCUCUCACUAUACCGCUAGAGAAAGAUGUUGAACCUGGUGACUGGGAGGAAACAUCACCGUCCAUAAUGCAGAAAAUUGACGACGAGAUUUUGGGCACAUUUGGGCACAUUUUUGAUACUGCGAACUUCAAUGAUUACAAUUCUUUGAAGGGAAGUAUCAAAGACAAGGAACUUCCAUUCACAGGACCAUCGACACCAUUUGAAAGCAUCAGUUACUUUGAUAGCUCCUUAGAAUAUAAGAAUAUCGAUCGUAAAUGGUUUGAAGAGUGCAACCAAUUUUCAACAGAACGAUUAUUGGUUGUGUAUCAAUUCUUGAGCUCUUUCGGACCUUUUAUUGGUCUGGAACAUUUUAAUUUUGAUCAGUUUCUUACUACUAUCAAGUGUACCUGUCCGGAAGCUUUAGUAGAUGAAUACGUCAAAAUAAACUUUGUCAAUGUCGACCACAGCAAAGACAGCACCACUAACGAGAGGGCAAGAAAUGAUAUGUAUAACCAAGUCACUAUGGGUAACGUAUCCCAGCAUGAAAAAUCUAGCGUCCUUAACGUGGAUGAGAGUCACCCAAUACCAAGCAACUUCACCAGAAACCAGGAAAUGAGGAAAUUUAUAACAAAUAAAAGUACAGACUCUUUAAGGUAUUCCAUUUCCAAUGGUAAGCCUUUGAAAAAUGAGGGUGUGGAUUUCCGUUCUAAUGAAAAAGGGUGUAAACUUUAUAUUGAAAUAGUUUGCUCGUUAAUGUGUUUGGUGGCGAAUGAAAAAAGUGACUGGAAUUGUAAUAUGAUGGAGAAUUGGACUGGAGAAAAGCGAAAGGGGGAGGGAAACAAAACUGCAGCCGAUAUAAUUACAGAAAAUUUUUUGAAUUAUGGAGAUACUAGCUGGGCUAAACUUUUAUCCAAUAAAGAUUUCAAAAACGGCAAUUGGCUAAUCUGUUUGCUUGGAAUAAUGCAACAGAAUACGCUUAUAACUACAUAUAGUGAUAUUGCAGAAUGCUUCACAAAAAAAAUACUGCCUUUAUCUAUGAAUUUUGAUAAUUUAGGCGAGGUGCUUUUGCGUAACUUUCGCAAGAGAUUAUCUAUAAAAGAUAAAAUUGAUGUUUUAUGGCUUCUCGUAGAUUUGGUAUCCAAUUUCUCGAGCUAUGUUAAGGAGUUGGUAGAUGGAGUACCGAAAUUAUACAAUGGCAUCCGCUUAGAAUUGGAUAGUGCAAGAAAAGAGUAUAACGAACUGAAAGAGCAGCUAAAAAUUUUCACCAAAAAAUACGCACAGCUUCACAGUUACCCACCAAUGACCCGACAUGCAUUAGAUGAAUAUAAAGAUAAGGUUAAUGGGUUUAAAGUGAAAAUGGCAUAUUUAAUGGAAGACGUCGCCUUUUUAGAGGCAAAAUUGAUUCAAAACGAUAUUAAGAGAUUAGAAAUUUUAGGUAAAGAUAGAAAUGGAAAUCGAUAUUAUUGGAUGGAUUCGAACGGGUCGCCCUCAUCUAUAAGUCAAAAAGAUGAGUGGCAUUAUAACUGCUGCUUCCUGUGGGUCCAAGGGCCCUCUGAACCUGAUGUGAGUUUUUACUUAGAUGUGAGCAUAGAUUCUUUGAGAAAGUGGGAGCUAUUGGCUAAAGUAAAAGGCACUGUCUGUGCAACAAAAGAAGUUUUUUCAGUAUUCAGGUCAGCGGAUGGGUCGUACUAUCAAAUCGAUCAGUGCGAAAAUUCCAUGAUAAUUGAUUCAAACGGCAUUUUAAUGCAAUCAAGUAUUCCGAUACCUAUAUACCGAAAAAUAAUAUCAGAAACUCCGGAGAAGCUCUUACUCUCCUCCCAUCAAUGGGCUUUCUUCGAAGAUACAGAAGAUGUACACAUGUUAGUAGAUAGGUUGGACGAUUUAGGAGAGAAUGAAUGCCAAUUGAAGAAAGCAUUGACAUCCAAAAUGGAUCGUAUUGAAGCGGCAUACAGGCAACAGGUCAAAGUGAAAAGGCGUAUUGAAUGUGAUAAGACCUUCAAAAGAAACAGAAAACUUUUGAAAACUAAUGAGUUUACAUUGGCUGACUUAAAGAGAACUGAGACAACUUGUGCACCUAAUGGCCAAAAUUUUUCCAACAUGGAGAAGCUUGCCAAAAAACUAUCUGGGGUAAAGAAUGAUCCCAUUUCAGAAGGAAUUUUCAAAGACGUAAUGCGCCUUGGAGAAGGCGAAAGAGCACUUCUCAGAAAGCACCAGAGUCUACUUUAUCCUUUAGAUUUUCAUUUCGAACAAUUAAGUACAAUAGAUCCCAACCUUAUCGUUGAAAUGAAAAAGGAAAGGCAAGAAGAGCUUCUUACGAAGCUUUUAAAUCAUCAGAGAUACAAGCAUAUCAGUUAUACUUCAGGAUAUGGAGUAAGUUCCCAACGGGCCAAAAAAGCUACGCACCUUGACGUGCAGGGUAUGUUGGAGGAGAUAAAACAUCAAAUUAUUUCAAGACGAAGAGAACGAGAAGAACUAUUAGAAACAAAGCUGUAA